AUGCGACGCAAUUUAAACACCGGCUGGUAUUGGGACACCGUACAAAAGCCCAACGGACAGUACAAGCUGGGUUGGACGACCCAUUACGAGGGUGUGGCGAAGCACAGGACCGGAAUGUCCACGAAGACGAGGAUCAGGGAGAUACGUUCGCGUUGGACGGCCACCGGUGAUCUCUAUAUUCCUCCAGAUCCGAAAUAUAACAAGGCUCCCACGCCGCACGAGAUACGAGCGCAAGUGGCGCGCAGGAGGGAGGGAGGUAAAGGAGAUGCGGAGUUUCUUCCCGAGUCAGUUGUUAUAGAACCCGUCGAAUCGCCUCACGUCGAGGAGUUGGACGGAGAGGAAGGGGCUUGCGAGAAUGCGGUUGGCGAGAGAGGGCGGUAUGAGGUCUCUCUGCUUGAUUUGCCUCGAGGACGAGUACACCGUAAAGGAAAGAAGUCUACGAUGUCGGUGCUCGAUGGCGAUUUCGAGUGGAUAUGA